AGACAGCUUGCGAGAACAAAUACAGAACAUAAUUUUGCCCAGCAAAUAGAACUAGACCUUAGACAAAAAUGGAUAAAUUCAUUGGAACCUGGAAGCUUGUUAGUUCAGAGAACUUCGACCACUUCAUGGACAGAGUCGGUGUUGAACAUGAAAAGAAAACUUUUGCACAUGAUGCUCAACCAAUCCUCAAAAUUUCCCAAAAGGGUGACAAGGUGGUCUUUCUAAUAGAGUCCAUUGUUGGUGCACACAAAUACUCUUUUAAACUGAGUGAGGAGUUCCAGAAUAAAUCACAGGAUGGCAGGUCCUGGAAAUCGGUUGUGAACCUAGAAGGAGACAAACUCAUUGAGAUGUUAACCUGGGAUAAGGUUGAAUUGACCGUUGUCCAUGAGAUCAAGGAUAAGAAACUGUUUAAGACAUUUAAAGUCCAUGAUGCCGUGGCAGUGCGCAUCUUUGAGAGGGUUUGAAAAUGAAAUAACCUAACUCCUCAUCUGCAGUCUGGAAACCUGUACAAAAACAAUAAAAAGUUUAUUACAUUG